GGAAGUUGAAUUAAAAAAAAAAAAAAAAAAAAAACGUAUUUCGGUCUUAUACACAGCAGAAAAAAGCAAAAUCUUCCAGUCGAAACAUGUCGAAUUCAUCCUGUCUUGUGCUGUGAAGUUUCAAAUUUUUGUUCUCAUUCGUACCUCUUAUCUACGGUCAACUAGCCUGAUGAAAUGAUGAAAUAUGUUUCCUAAAUAUUUAAUUUCAUCUUUACAUCACAAUUCCAACGUCAAUACGUUGUCAUUCCUGUACUGAAAUAUUUGCGAGAAAAAAAUGAUCCUGUUAUGGUAUAGUUAGGUAACACUAAACGUUUUCACAGAUAUCUUCUAUUCGCUACACGUUUAUUUAAUCAGAGAAUAUCAUGGUGUGAAAAGAAAAAGAAAAAUAUAUAAGGUAUUUGUGAAAAUAGCAACAACAACGAAAUAUUGGGCACAGCUAACGUUGAAGGAGGAAAAGAAUAGACAUAGUGCAUAGUUGGCUACUGUCUGACAGAAACGUUAAUUAUACGUGCAAUGCAAGGCGUAAAAUCAACUACUUUUUAUAUUCAAAUUCCCUGAAUAUAUGUCACAAAUGUCUUCCAAAUACAAAAUUGAUCCAAAACCUCUCUGGAGUAGGUGAAAAUAAAAUCCCAUUAUGACUACAUUGCAACUCCCACCGGGUUUCAAUCUUAUAAAAAGGAGAGACCGCAGCGUUGGUCAGGUACUUGGUGACCAGAAGCAAGUAUAUAAAGUGGUCAUCUAUUCUGCAUCAUCACUUCCUCUAUUUUUAAGCAAGAUGAACCUCUUGGCUUCCGUCGUCACCUUCGCCGCCGUGGCCUCGGUCGUCACUUCCCAGGCCCAAAGAUGCACCACUCGCAGCGGGAACCCAGGUCGGUGUGUGGAAUUGCAGCAGUGUCCUCGAUUGAACGACCUCUUCAUCCGGCGACCACCAGGCGCUCUCGAGACAUUACGUAGCUUCAUCUGCUCGUUCACUCAAAGGAGAGCUCUCGUGUGUUGCGAAGACGCGCCAGCUGUCGUGUCGCCGGGACCAUCUGAGAGCAGGCUAAGAGGGAGAGAGCUCUUGCCUCGUCAGUGUGGGACCACCGCCCUGGUCGACCGGGUCAUCGGAGUGCCUGCUCCUCUGCUGUCUUGGCCCUGGAUGGUUCUGCUCAGAGGGCGAAAUGCCGAGGGGCGGCGGCGGUUCUUCUGCGGCGGCGUCCUCCUCUCCGAGCGCUACGUGCUGACGGCGGCCCACUGCGUCCACAGGGGCGCCUCUCUGACUCUGGAAAGCGUGAGGGUCGGCGAGCACACCGUCGGCAGAGACCCCGACUGCCACAAGAACCUCUGCGCUCCCUCGCCGCAGGACAUCGCCGUGGAGCAGGUGAUUGUGCACGAGGGUUACGGGUCGCCUUGCCUGAGCUGCAACGACAUCGCUCUCCUGCGACUGGCAACGCCCGCCAAGAUCGAUGGCAUCUUCGUGACGCCCGUGUGCCUUCCGCUGGAGCCGCUAAGGGACCUGGGCUUCUCCGCGCGGGAUCUGAAGACGAGGCGCGCGUGGAUCGCCGGCUGGGGCGCCACUGAGGCCCUCUCCUCCCGCACCGGCACUGGGACCUUCUCGGACGUCCUCCAGCACGGGUUUGUGCCCAUCAGUGACCGCUACUGCGCUCAGGAUCUCCGCGAUUAUCCCGACCCUGAUAUGGUGCUGUGUGCCGGAGGCGAGGAGCACGACGCCUGCACAGGUGACUCCGGAGGCCCUAUGGUCAUCAGCAACAGGACGCGGAGAUACGUCAUCGGCGUGGUCAGUCGCGGCCCCAUCGUCUGCGGCGCCCCUGAGAGCUCGGGGAUUUACACGAGCGUCAUCUAUUACAUCGACUGGAUCGUGAAAAACCUCCGUGCUUAAGGGGGCAACGGAGGUCGAUACAGGGUCUGCGUGGAAUGGGAAGACUGGCCUUGAGGAUUCACUAGGAAGACGGGAUAGCGAAGGAGAGAUGGACGCCGGAUUUGGCGUCGACUAAAGUGGAAAAUGGGAUAACGAAGGGGAGACUGGUCCAAAAAAUUGGUCUAUAUCGUCUUAGUUGUAGGGAAAUAGAAUUCGGGGUCGCCUGGCUUGAGUUGUAGCGACAAAGCACUCCUGGCAAUUUGCAACGUCCGCCAGGAUCGAUAACCGCGUAAAAGAAUUGGGUUUGCGGAAGUUGCUUCAGCUUUAUAUACACAUAAAACAAAACAAAAAACGAUAAAGCGAAAAGGUCUUUGAGAAAAUCGUUGUUUUAAGGGAAUGAUUGUGUGGCUGUUUGGUUGUUUGGCAGUCAUAUGUUGUUAGACAUUGAAAUAUUUCUCAUUGUGCUUUAAGAAAACUGAAGGUGCUGUUGACUUUGGAAGGUUGAAAGAGAUAUUGCUAAUGCUCAUAUCAGGUACAAAAAUAUGUAUAUGCUAAGAUUUUCCAAAUAUAUUUUUGGGUUUGUCUACCGGUCAUCGCUGGGAUUUAAGUUGAUUUGUCACGUUAUUAAUUUUGUUAUCCCGUGAUCGAGACGAUACUGACAGUGUCAAUUCAAGGCUUAGUUGUUGUUUUUUUGCAACUAACAGUCUUCAGAUUCAAAAUUGUAUUGAUGUGAUAUUUGUAAUGACCACGGACACACACACACGUAUGCGUACAUGUAUGUAUGUAUGUAUGUAUGUCUGUCUCUCUCUCUCUCUCUCUCUCUCUCUCUCUCUCUCUUUAUAUAUGUAUAUAUAUAUACUUAUAAAAGUUUGCCUUACUCCUGGGUCUGAGUAUAAACUGCAUCCGGUAGUGGGUUCUGGCCCUGAGUAGCACGGAGCCUCUCGGCCACUGUUGCUCCCAGCUCACUUCGACCCAAAACACCUGUCAGGAUCCCGUCUAUGGGGUAGAUGGAAGUGAGGGUAAUGGGGACUCUUUACCUCUGGCUCGCCGGCCAAGACUGAGGACAGUGUCUCAAAGAAAGGACUGUCAGGGAAGGCGACGGGAUAUCACCCUGAUUGCGGUCUCCCUUUUCCCGUGGAAAGGACUGGGCUUGUGAAUUAACAGAGAAUUUAGUGGAUCACACACACACACAUUAUUUAUGUAUGUGCAUGUGUGUAUACAUAUUUUUAUUAUAUAUAUCAAAGAUCAAAUCAUGAUGGUAUGUUAUCAUUAUUGGCAUUAUUAAUAUUAUUAACACCGUUGAGGUUCAAUUUGAUAGGAUAUUGUGUAUUGUUUUGAGUAUUAAACUUUUUAGACAAAA